GGAGGCGGGGCCUGUCCGGGGCGUCUCGGGAAGUUGCUGAAGUUGGGCAGAGAGUGAGGGACGGAGGGCCGGGCCUUGCUCCGCUUUUCCGCGAAGGGGAGAGCUACAGGAUGGAAGCAGCAUGGCCACGCAUUUCUCCUUGACGCAGCUAUCAAGUGCAAAUCCUGUAUAUGAGAAGUACUAUCGUCAGGUUGAUCCUAGUAAUUCUGGAAGGGUUUUGGCCUCUGAUGCAGCAGUCUUUCUGAAGAAAUCAGGACUGACGGAUUUGAUACUUGGGAAGGUUUGGGACCUUGCUGACACAGAUGGAAAAGGUGUCUUAAACAAACAGGAAUUUUUUGUAGCAUUACGGCUUGUGGCCUGUGCGCAAAAUGGAUUGGAUGUUUCGUUGAGCAGCCUUAAUUUGCCUGUUCCUCCACCUAGAUUUAAUGAGUCCAGUAGUCCUUUACUGUCUGGGGGAGUUCCAGCUGAUAUCCCAUGGGCUGUUAAGGUAGAAGACAAGGCCAAGUAUGAUGCUAUCUUUGACAGCCUGGUCCCAGUGAAUGGAUUGUUGUCAGGUGAUAAAGUGAAACCUGUUCUGCUAAACUCCAAACUACCAGUUGAUGUCUUGGGAAGGGUUUGGGAACUAAGUGACAUUGAUCAUGAUGGAAUGUUGGAUCGGGAUGAAUUUGCAGUUGCCAUGUUCUUGGUAUAUUGUGCUCUUGAGAAAGAACCUGUGCCAAUGUCCUUGCCUCCAGCAUUGGUGCCACCUUCCAAAAGGAAAAGUGUCAGUAUCCCAGGUGCAUUGCAGUUGUUGCCAUCUUCAACAUCCAGCAAAGACUCUCAUCAGUCCAUACCCCCUGUAGGCCCCUUGCCAUCCAAGACACCAUCAACGCAGUGGGUUGUCUCACCUACAGAAAUCAUAAAAUACAAUGAAAUUUUCCUAAAAACUGACAAAGACAUGGAUGGUUUUGUCUCUGGUGUGGAGGCUAGAGAAUUAUUCUUGAAGACAGGUCUACCAUCUGCCUUACUAGCACAUAUUUGGGCUCUCUGUGACACAAGGGACUGUGGCAAACUUUCCAAGGAACAGUUCGCUUUGGCCUUCCAUUUCAUCAAUCAGAAGCUGACAAAAGGCAUUGAUCCUCCUCAGGUGCUGACUGCAGAUAUGGUCCCUCCAUUGGAGCGAGCCACGCUACAAAAGAACAUGUUGGGACCAAGUCCUGUUGCAGACUUUUCUGCAAUCAAAGAACUAGAUACAUUGAGUAAUGAAAUCGUUGACCUACUGAGGGAAAAGAAAACUGUGGAGCAGGAUCUUAAAGAGAAAGAAGACACGAUCGAACGGAGGAAAAGUGAAGUCCAGGAUCUUCAGGAUGAAGUAAAGAGGGAGAACAAUAAUUUGCAGAAGCUGUUGGCUCAGAAAGAGGAAGCAGAAGAAAUCCUUAAUGGUCUUGAUGAGGAAAAAGCAAAGCUAGAAGAACAGCUUAACACCAUUCGUCAGAAAUGUGCUGAAGAGGCUGAUUUGAUUGCAUCACUAAAAGCAGAAAUAACUGAUCAAGAGUUCAAAAUCUCAAUAUGUAAAGAUGACUUGAAUAAAGCUCAAGAGGAGCUUAGCAGGCUACAGCAGGAAACAGCAGAGCUGGAGAAGUGUGUGGAGACAGGAAAACUGCAGCUGGGACCUCUUCAGCAGGAUCUCCAAGAUUCACAAGAAGAAAUUGCUUCAGUGCAAACGAAACUCUUUGAACUCAAAGAGUUGGAACACAGCCAGUUGAAUUGGGAAGCUCAGCCACCCAGCACACUACUUAAUGGGAAUGCAGAUCAUUGUAACCUCAGUAACAGCAGCAGCGAAACUGCUAACUUUAACGAAAAUGUUGAAAGAGAGUAUUCAGCUGAUGCCGAACAAAUAGAUCGUGACUCUCCUUCCCAGAACAGUCAGGAAAGAACAGAUGUAGAAGGAGGAGAAGAAGUGAAAGAGGCCUUGCCACCAGAUGUUACCAAAAAAGAAGAUCCUUUUGAUGAAGAUUCCCAGCAGCUUCCUGAACAGAUUGCAGAAUCUAAUUUAGACUUCUUUGAAUCUGACCCCUUUGUUGGAAGUGAUCCUUUCAAAGAUGAUCCAUUUGGAAAGAUUGAUCCUUUUGGCAGUGAUCCUUUCAAAGGCUCAGAUCCUUUUGCUGCUGACUGCUUUUUCAAGCAAUCGCCCGCAGAUCCCUUUGGAAGCGUUGACCCCUUCAAUACAACCACCAGCAGCAAUAAUUCAACAAUUGAACCAGUGAAGCAUAAUGAUCCUUUUGCCCCCGGAGGAACUGCUGUUACUAUAUCAAGUGACCCAGCCACAGAUCCCUUUGCCUCUCUGUUUGGAAAUGAAUCUUUCGGAAGUGGAUUUGCUGACUUCAGCACAUUGUCAAAGGCAAACAACGAUGAUCCCUUUAGUUCCUCGUCAGCCAUCUCUGUCAACAGUGUUGUCAUAACCAAAAAUGUGUUUGAGGAGCCUCCAGUCAAAACUGAAGAUGUUCCCCCUGCCUUGCCUCCCAAAGUUGGAACACCCACCAGACCUUGCCCUCCUCCACCUGGAAAAAGACCUAUCAACAAAUUGGAGUCUUCCGAUUCCUUUAAACUGAAUGAUCCUUUCCAGCCCUUCCCAGGCUGUGAUGUUCCCAAAGAACAGGAAGCCGACCCAUUUGCUCCCACUGGUGUGUGCAAAGAAAUGGACACCAGCAAUUUUGCUAAUUUCAGUGCUUACCCUACUGAAGAAGAUAUGAUUGAAUGGGCAAAAAGAGAAAGCGAGAGAGAGGAGAAAGAGCGACUUGCCAGAUUAAAACAACAAGAACAAGAAGACUUAGAACUAGCAAUUGCACUCAGUAAAUCUGAGAUUUCGGAAGCAUGAAAAUUUCCUCAACCAUUAAUCCCUUUCCCUGGAUCACUAAGCUAUAUGUAAAGCUAAUCAAAAGAUAGAUAUACACAGGGAAAUACAAAAAGGCUUUAAAUUCCUGCAAAUGUGAUUUUUGGGCAAUUUCUUUGCAAUUUGUUUCUCAUCUUCACUUGUCUGAUUACUCUUUAAUGUAACACACUCCCAUUUCUCUUUAUUUUGGAAACGUUCUUUGAUAUAAACAUCGCACCCAAAUAGUUUCUUUUAAAACAGAAAGAUAUCUUUCUACUUAAAGCUGAGAGUAAUAUGCCACAGCAAUCUGUUCUUGUAAGGUCUCCAAUGGCAAUUAUAUCUCAUGCCCUAAUCCCUCGGCAUUCAUAUAUAAUAUUGGAAAAAGUACAGGGGUGUGUGAUACAUGUAACACAUGAACUGUGUAACCAUGGUUUAUGCAGGUGGCUAGAUCAGGUGUUACUUAGCUUUCUUUUAAAAAUCAUUACGAGGCUUGAUUCCCUGUUGUUGUUUUUCUGAAGGGUUGUUUUUUUCCAGUUUAUAUAAUACUGAACUAUUUUUGUUCUCCCAGAUGGUUUUAGACUGCAAACAUGUUCACCCAAAAGCAAAGCUGGCCAUGUAGCUAACCAAACCAUAGUUUUACAUCCAUACACACCCCUUCCUGGCUUGGAAAUAUUCAGGUAGCCAAGCACUGCUGUAAUAAUCCAAUCUUCAUAGAUGUUGAAUCCUGUCGUAAUGUUCUACGGAAAUGAUGGCAAUUGUUAUUGGGCAUAUGGUGUGCUUUUUGUGCCUGUUGUUUUCCUUUAAUGAUGGUUCUGCUGCUUGCCUAAGUAACAAAUAAGAGUGUCUUGGGUUCCAUAUGCAAUAAGCAUCGUCUGAAACAUUCAACUGCCCAUUUGCCUAUCCAUUGGAUUUUAAAAAUACAAGACUCAGGAUUUUUCCUGGAGGUUCAGUAAGAUUAAGUGUUUGACCAAGCUUACUUACUGACAGAGUUUCGAAUGCCCCACUGCUAAUUGAGCCAGUUUCUUUCUGUGGAAAAUGCAACUGAACGGGCAUGUUGACAGCUGAGUUGGAUCUAGAGUAGCAAAUAUAUACUGCAUAAAGGCAUAGUUUACAACAGUCGGUUGUUGUUAUGUAUAAUUUAUUGAAUGCCAACUGAGAGUUGCACCUUAAACUGAGAUACCCUUUUAUUGUCACUGAGUCAAAGUCAGAUUGGAUAUUAAUUAAAGUUCCUUGUUUCCUAUUCCAGGAAUGGGAAUGUGUAGUCUGCUAGAUGCUGGAGUGCAGAUCCCAGCAACCCUACCCAGUAAUGCCAAUGGUGAGGAAUGCUGGGAGGUGCAGUCGAGCAGCACCUGGGGCACGGCACAAUUCCCAGUCCUGGUCUAUUCUGCACAAAAUCGUCUGUCCUGCAGAGUUUAUUCCAAGUGGUUCCUUUUCCAUCUUCAGUACCCUCACAGUUAGGCUAUAGUUUUACAAAACUGGUAGGCUUUUUACAAAACCUGUGGUAUUUGAGCCUGAAAUGCUUUUUAAAUGAUUUAUAUUGUUAUUAUUCAUAAUCAUCAGUGUCAGGCUGAAUUCUUUCCAGUUUUACCUGUGGAUGCUGCUGGAAGAGUCUUUUGAAAAAAGUUAAUUCUUCUCUGAAUUUUUCUGCAAAUUUUUUGAGACUUCUUCCAAGAGGCCUUUUUCCUUUUGCACUGGGAAAUAAGCAUUUGAAAACACCUAAUAAAAAAGUAACUUAGAAAACAUCUUGCAAAUAUUACUAUCAUAAUUUAUCUACAGAAACUUUGUAAUAACAUUAAUAGUGCAUAUUGUAUGUUUAACUGGACUACAUAGAUUUCUUAUUUUUUUUCUGUUAAAGGUAUACUCAGUGGACCAAUACAAUAUCAGUGUAUAUAUAAUAUAUAUAUUCAAGCUUUCCUGUAUAGGAUUGGAAGUUCUGAGUCACUUGAUGUUACAUUUCAUGUUACUGACUGAUUACAGAACCUUUACUCGAAGGCUUCCAAAUAAACCACUGCUGUGACAGCUUCCAUGGCAUUACUGUUAAACUUUUAAAUGGCUUUUAAGAGUUUGUUCAGGUGGAAUUAGCCUGUAUUUAUAGACCUUUGUUUUAAAAUUCUAAAAAAAUAGCCUGUAAUUAUGAAUAAAACAGUUUAAGUAUA